AUGUCAAGAAUAAUAAAAAAAUUCGGCAAAAUAUUAUCAAUCUUAGCGUUAAUGUUAUCAUUUGUAUCUGGAGCACCUAUACGAAAUUCGAAUUCAUAUUGGGUAUUUUGGUAUUAUAAUAAUAACGGAAGUAGAAAUUGUGGUAAUUUUUGCUAUAUAGUAUUUAUAUUAGUGGGUCUAAUAUUAUUGUGUAUAUGUGGAUGCGGAUGUUUACGAUGCUAUCUUAUUAGAAAGCAGUAUUCAUCAGAAAGGUUGGAAAGUAAUAUGAAUACUCAACAAAUACUUGAUCAAUGGCAACAAGAAUUACAAAUGACAGAAAUGAAUCAUCAAAAUCAAAUAAUCGCUCAACAACAACUACAGUAUCCUCCGCUAGCUCAUACUAAUACCCAUAACUCACAAUAUCCUUCAUUAAUUCCUGCAAUGGAUAUAACUCCACCUCCAUACAAUAAUAAUACUUUUAACGAGGAAAUACAUAAACAUGCCUUAAGACAAGAAUCAAAUUGGACAGCUUAUAAAGCCGGAAAACAAUUUACAAGAGAAAAUCCACCCAAUGAAAUAUUACCUCCACAAGAUCAUUCAAAUUAUAUUAAAGAAUUGGGAGGUGUUGAAGCAUGGAAAUUGGUACCUGAAUCAAGCAUCGUACAAUUAAAUAUUGUCAAUGUUACAGAUGAUUUUAUUUUAUCCUUUCAUGCUAAAUUGGAUGCUAUGGUGCAAUCAAAUUAUCCAUUAAUUGAUAUGAAAUAUUCAGCGGAUAGCGAAAUUGCUAGAGUUAAUAAUUCUAGCUCAUGUUCAACAUCUUCAACUAACAGUAUCACAUCCCCGUCAAAUAACAACAAUAGUCGAAAGAAAGUAAACAGUAAUAGAUUGACCUUGAAUACGAAUCGUGUAAUGGAUUCAACGGAUUUGAGUGAUUCAAGUAAUAUUAGCCCUAUUACUACACAUUCAAAAUCAAAAUUACUUUCCUCCCUAACGAUUCUGACCAAUCCAAAUAAAGAUACAACGAUUGCGGUUGGACUUGCGACUAAACCAUAUCCAACUUUUAGAUUACCUGGAUGGAAUAAUCAUUCAGUUGGAUAUCAUUCGAAUGAGGGUAAAAGGUUCCAUAAUGAUG